GUUCCAGAGAUACAAUGACAGAAAUGAAAUAAUUUCUGUGCUCAAUGAACUUAGAUUCUUCUACGACACAUAAUGUGGAUAAAUACAAAGCAUGUAUAAUACUUUGAAAGAGUGAGAAAAAUGCCAAUAACUGGGGGAGGAGGGAAGGAGAGAAAGAUCUUUUGUUUGAAUUGUGCUUUGCAGGAAGCUGGGGAUGGUACAAGGUCGAGAUGAGAAGAGAGUACAAAUAUGGAGACCAUUUCUGCAAAGGCCCAGAGAGGAGAUGUUGAUCAUCUUCACAAAUUAGAGUCUCCAUGGCCCGGACGUUAUCUAAAAAUCAUUUUGAGUGAAAGAUCCAUUGUGUAACACAAUCUUAGCUUCAAGAUGGUGGGAAAACUAAAGCAGAAUUUGUUAUUGGCGUGUCUGGUGAUCAGCUCGGUGACUGUGUUUUACCUGGGGCAGCACGCCAUGGAGUGCCAUCACCGAAUAGAGGAGCGCAGCCAGCCCGUCAGAGUGGAGAGCGUCAGGGCUACCUCCAGAAGUGGCCUUCAGGCCAACAAGACCGUCACCUACCACAAGGACAUGCCCUUAAUCUUUAUCGGGGGUGUGCCUCGGAGCGGAACCACCCUCAUGCGGGCCAUGCUGGAUGCCCACCCUGAUAUCCGCUGUGGAGAGGAGACCAGGGUCAUCCCCCGAAUCCUGGCCCUCAAGCAGAUGUGGUCCCGGUCCAGCAAAGAGAAGAUCCGGCUGGAUGAGGCCGGCGUCACGGAUGAGGUGUUGGACUCGGCCAUGCAGGCCUUCUUACUAGAGAUCAUUGUGAAGCACGGGGAGCCGGCCCCUUAUCUGUGCAACAAAGACCCCUUUGCCCUCAAGUCAUUAACUUACCUGGCCAGGCUAUUCCCCAACGCCAAAUUUCUUCUCAUGGUUCGAGAUGGGCGUGCCUCAGUACAUUCCAUGAUUUCCCGAAAAGUCACCAUCGCCGGCUUUGACCUUAAUAGCUACCGGGACUGUUUAACCAAGUGGAACCGGGCCAUAGAGACCAUGUAUAACCAGUGUAUGGAAGUCGGCUACAAACGAUGCAUGUUAGUCCACUAUGAACAGCUGGUCCUGCAUCCGGAGCGCUGGAUGAGAACGCUCUUAAAGUUCCUCCACAUCCCGUGGAACUACUCAGUCCUGCACCAUGAGGAGAUGAUCGGGAAGGCGGGGGGCGUGUCCCUGUCUAAGGUAGAGAGAUCGACAGACCAAGUCAUCAAACCAGUCAAUGUGGCAGCAUUAUCAAAAUGGGUUGGAAAGAUACCCCCUGAUGUCUUACAGGACAUGGCGGUGAUUGCUCCCAUGCUUGCCAAGCUCGGCUAUGACCCACACGCCAAUCCACCUAGUUAUGGAAAACCUGACCCCAAAAUUCUUGAAAACACAAGAAGGGUCUACAAAGGAGAAUUUCAGCUCCCCGAUUUCCUCAAAGACAAACCACAGGAAGGAAUUCUGCCUUUUCAAGGGAUGGGCGAUCUCUAGGAAUGGCCGUCCGUCCGUCCGUCCAUCCGUCCAGGGGCUGGGACGUUGGCACCUGCGUCUUCAGCCUCUCUUUCUCGUCCGUCCCCUUCCUCUGUGUGGUUCCAUCCAGCACACGUCAGCUGUCACAAGUGAAUUAUUUCCCUGCCGGGACGCUCACGUACCUCAGUGGUAACAGAGUAAGGUAUUGCAUGGACCUAGUAGGGGUGAAAGGUCAGGAAGGGGAAAGAUGCGCCCCUCCCCAGGCCAGAUCUCUGCUGCAGCUGCUCGGAUCCACGACUUUCCUUAAUCUGAUUCCAAGACUUUGAUUUGUAAAAUGGAGGAAGGAUCUGGGUGGGGGGAGCUUUUGGAAUGGGUAGUCUGUGCUCGUCCCAAAUGUUUCGUAGAACAGUUGUUCCUGUUGAAAUCUUAUUAAUGUGGAUGGUGUUAAAUAGCUUAAUUAUUUAAAGAAUUAUGUGUUAUUUCUGAGAGGGUGGGGAAUCAUGUACAUUUACAAUCUAAUGACUUUUGUAUUUUAUUUUUCAAAAUAAAAGCUUUAAAUGUGAGACUUUC